GCGGCAUGAGCGCGUGCCCGGGCCGGUGACCGCCGUGGCGAUGGAGUGCGGCUUCGUCGCGGGCGGGAGGCCGAAGCGCCCUACGGGCCGCCGGCGGCUUCUGCUCUUCCUGCCCUCCGGCCGCUGCGGAAGCCCGGGCGGCCGCGGCGUCCCGGCGCGUCACUGCCUGUCCGCGCUGCCGGGGGCUUUGGGGGCGCUGCGGCCCCGCGCCCCGGCGGCCCGUGGCGGAGCGUCACGUGCCUCCCCGCUGCUCCUCCUCCUGCUCGUGCCCUCCCCGCGCCUGGCCGCCGCCGCCUCCCCGCGCCGGCCCCUCGCGGAGCGGGAGCGCUCGCGUCCGGGGCCCUCCGUGCCCCCGGCCGGUCGCGGCGGCGCUGGGAGGUGCCUGCGGGGCCUCGCCCCGGGCGUCGCCUCGGCCGCGGGCCUCCUCCACCUGUGCCGCGGCCGGGUGGCCCCCGUCGCUUCCUCCAGGAGAGAACUAAGCCUGUCUGCCGGAAGCCUGCAGCUGGAACACCGGAGAGAUGUGGAGCACAAAAGGAGGGAGUUCACCUCUUGUGGGAACAGGAAGCUCUGCUUCGACACCCAUGCCUUAGUGCGUUUACUCGAAGAAAAUGGGUUUACCACCCAGCAAGCAGAAAUCACCGUCUCUGCGUUGGUCAAGAUCACCGAUGCCAAUAUGGACAUCGUCUACAAGGAUAUGGUCACCAAGAUGCAGCAGGAGAUCACUGUUCAGCAAAUCAUGUCUCAGAUUGCUAAUGUGAAAAAAGAUAUGGUUAUUUUGGAGAAGAGUGAAUUUUCAGCCCUCAGAGCAGAAAAUGAGAAAAUAAACCUCGAACUACAUCGGUUAAAGCAACAAGUAAUGGAUGAAGUGGUCAAGGUCCGGACAGAUACCAAACUAGAGUUCAAUCUAGAAAAGAGCAGAGUGAAGGAACUGUAUUCGUUGAAUGAAAGGAAGCUGCUGGAAAUGAGGACAGAAAUGGUGGCAUUGCAUGCCCAGCAAGAUCGGGCUGUCACCCAGACCGACAGGAAGAUAGACACUGAGGUCGCUGGCCUCAAAACCAUGCUGGAGUCGCACAAGCUUGAUAACAUUAAAUAUUUAGCAGGGUCUGUAUUUACGUGCCUAACAGUAGCUCUGGGAUUUUAUCGCCUGUGGAUGUAAUAAAGUGUCUGUUUAAAGAAAUCCUUAUCGUUCUGCCUUAAGAAAACCAGACUGCUGUCCUUCCCCGCCCCCUCCCCCAUUUCCAGAUUUUAACCCUGGUUUCGAUUUAACAUGUAUUAUUUAUUUUAUGCAGAUUAUGGACAUAUGACCAAGGAAAGGAGUCAAGAAUUUCAUAAUUGUUCCUUUCGUCUUUUCUGUCUAGUUGGCUUUGUAACGCUGAGCGGUGGUGGACAAAGCGUGGGAGACCCCGCUCAGCUGGACCAGUGAACUUGGUCUAACCUGUGGGACAUAUCAACAGUAAAUAUUUGCAUAAUUCUCCACAAUUUUAAAUCUUUUGUCAGAGGACGUGGGGGUCUCGGCGUCUUCACUAAGUGCUGAAGAAUCACCGAAACUGAACCAAAAGCACCAAAUCCUCUUUACCUGAGGACCCGGUCCUUUCCAUGAGCCAGUCCCCACACUAGGGUAACUGUGUUUCAGGCCCAGUUGUUUGGGGUGUUAAUGAUUCCCCUCUCCUGUCCACCCAAAGCAGAUUUUUUUUCCUCUUCAUUUCCAUUGUCUUUGUUAUUGUCAUGGUUAUUUUUUACGUGCCUUCCAGCUAGAAAAUCUUGUUGCCUAACGAAGUUUUGUAACGGUACUGGGGACUCUCUUUUACCUCCCAGAGUGCUAGGUUUCUCUCCCACCCUCUCACUUAAGUCUCCAUGAUGUGAGAACCGUAAGGUAACUCCCAUUUGUGGCAUUGCCUACCUAGAAAACGCGCUAAUUCUCGGCAUGGAAGUCUAGUUUGUGCAACACGGUCUCCUUCCUUCUGGUCUUCAUCUGCUUUGCAUGCAAGAGAACCACUCAGUUUUCCUUCUGCAGCAGUAUCUAGAUCUUUAGAUAGCGGAUGCACUUUUUACACAAGUCUUUCUUUAAUGAAUAUGCUUGGAAAUUAGAGAACCGUCAUGCCGGCUCAUCGUCCAAACCUGGGUCUAUUCCUUUGGUUGUUCAAGACUUUCUUAUGCCUGCCUUACCUCUGGUUUUUAAAACAAAUAAAUGCCUAGAUACCGACAGGUUCCUUUUAGAGAAGCACGUUCUCAUGUUAUUUGAAUGACUGAUGUGGGAGAGGAGAAGCAUUUUUAAAACGAGGACACAGAGGCCACGUUUUCCAUCUUUCUCCACACACACGUGUGCACGCGACCUGGUACAGUGGAGAAGACAAGUGUCGCUCAAACGAGUGAAAUAAAUCACCCACCGUCACUGUUGGCAGACAAAUUACCUUUGUCCUUUGGAUGUCAUUUCGAAACUUCCGGAAGUGUAAAUCAUUGUCUUUUUUCAAAACAUAGGUUUAGCACAGAGAUUCUGAACUCCAAAUAGGCAUGAAAAUCAAGUACUUUGGCAUUGGUGGUAUCAGUUUCAAAGUGAAUGUAAUGUAAUCGUUUUCAACUUGAUCCAGAAUUCUCUCAACUGCUCCAUAAACUACUGUGGCAGUACGUGCUUCCCCUUUCAGGGACGGAGCCCCAGAAAAUACUGCACAUUUAGCAA